CUUACCGCGAAGUGGCGGGGGUCCGGAGGAAAGCGCUCGUGAGCAGGGAAGGGGAAGCUCGUACGGGAAGGUGAUUGAGGUGGACGACGCCGUGCCCAAAAAGCUGAGGAGUCUGAGAAUUCAGAUCCAGAACAUUCCUCCUCAUCUACAGUGGGAAAGCGGUGGAGAAGCUGUUGGGACACUAGUGUGAGGAUUACUGGUUUCCUACAUUCUGGAAAUGGAGGCUGCUCCCUCACCACCCUCUUGCAGGCAACGCAGACUGGGCUUGCAGGACCCCCAGCCCGGACCCUCUGUGAAUCCUUUGGGGUCCCGGCACAGCCUGCCAAACCUCCCCUUGCGUAUUUUGGUGCCCACACAGUUCAUAGGAGCGAUCAUUGGCAAAGAGGGGCUGACCAUCAAAAACCUCACCAGACAGACGCAGUCCAGGGUGGAUAUCCACCGAAAGGAGAACGCAGGAGCAGCGGAGACACCCAUCACCAUCCGUUCCACCCCGGAAGGCUGUUCCGCCGCCUGCCGCAUGAUCCUCAAUAUCAUGCAGAAAGAAGCCUAUGACACCAAGGUUUCAGCGGAGAUCCCUCUGAAGAUCCUCACCCAUAACGGUCUGGUGGGGAGGCUAAUAGGGAAGGAGGGGAGGAACCUGAAGCGGAUUGAGGAGGAGAGCGGGACCAAAAUCACCAUCUCAUCGUUACAGGACCUGACGCUGUAUAACCCAGACAGGACGAUCACGGUGAGGGGCAGUGUGGACGUGUGCUGCAGGGCUGAGGUGGAGAUCAUGAAGAAGCUGAGGGAGGCGUUCGAGAACGACGCCUCUGUUAAUCAGUCAUCUGGUCUGAUCCCAGGACUGAGUCUCAGCACUCAGGGCAUCUUCUCCUCCGGGCUCUCCAUGCUGCCCUCAACCUCCGGCCCCCACAGGACCCUACAAACUGCCUACGGCCCCUUCACAGGUCAAUCAGCUUGUCUGGGAGGGCUGUACGGGGUCUCAUCAGCUGCUCCUCACGCCCAUCUGCACACUCCUCCUGAGCAGGAGGUGGUCUACCUCUUCAUCCCCACACAGGCGGUGGGCGCGCUGAUCGGGAAGAAAGGACAGCACAUCAAACAGCUCACCCAGUUCGCUGGGGCGUCCAUAAAGAUUGCUCCAGCAGAGAGUCCAGAUGUUACAGAACGAAUGGUCAUCAUCACUGGACCUCCUGAAGCUCAGUUUAAGGCUCAGGGGAGGAUAUUUGGGAAGCUGAAGGAGGAGAACUUUUUCUCAUCGAAGGAGGAAGUGAAACUUGAGACACAUAUCAAAGUGCCCUCAUCAGCAGCUGGACGGGUCAUAGGGAAAGGCGGGAAAACGGUUAAUGAGCUGCAGAAUCUGACCAGUGCUGAGGUCGUUGUGCCGCGGAACCAGACGCCAGACGAGAAUGAUGAAAUUUUUGUAAAAAUAAGUGGCCAUUUCUUCGCCAGCCAGACUGCACAGAGGAAGAUCAGGGAGAUCAUCCAGCAGGCCAAGCUGCAUAAGCAGAAACACCAGCUGGGAGCCUCAGGGUCGCACCAGUCCAAGUGACCACCAGGGCGGCCUUCGUUGCCAGGAGCUGAUGAAUGCAGCCCUUCCAGCCAACAGGGGGAGCGCUGCAGCAGCCUUGGCGUCCUGACAGAGCGGGGAAAGUACGAGCUGUGCGGGAAUUAAAGCUGAUCAAGGAUCAGAUUCUCACACUCAAGCAGUUAGGCUUGCUUGGGCAGGCAGGGGGCGCUGCAAGUGGCUGCUGUGGAAAUAGAUGUAUAGAAGGAGGGCUGGUUGAUCCACAAGGAGGGGGCGGGGCUUGUGCUGUGGUCACACCCACACUCUAAUGACCGGGCUUUGUUUCUGCUUAUAAAUUCCACAGGUUGGGGUUUGUUUUGUCAGAGAACUUUUAUUUAUCAGAGCCAGACGAUUACAGAACUGGAGAUCUGUAGAGGCAAGAACAGUUUAACACAGAAAAUAUUCAAAAUCAAACCCAAUCUUUACCUCAGAGUCGUGUCCAGGUAAGACUUGGGUAUCGUUUCGCAUCUAUUAUGAGCUUAAUAAUGCCAUACAGACCGAACCCAGACCCGUACAGAUAAACAAGACUCACAGUUCACAUUAUACGUUAAGUUUUCAUGUCAAGUGAUCACACGUUAUUCACAAGUGAAGCAGAUCAUCGCUGUAGGACUAAAACCCCGUAUCUUUAGUCCUGUCAUGUUUCAUUCAGAUUAGCCUAAUUGGAAAGAAAACAAGAAUUUUGGUUCUCUGGGGCCUUAAAACUAUUCCAGCUUAAAACUAUUCCAGCUUAAAACUAAUCCAGCUUCAGGUUGGAUUUGGAUGGGAUUUUACUGAGACUCUUUUAUGCGAUUGGCUGUUUGAGCCAGGUGCUUAUUUACUAUUGUUUUCUUUACAUUUGCUUAGUUUUUUAGUUUUUUUUUGACAAUGAAAGUUUGAGGCCUUAUUCACCACCACAAACAUCACGUCACAGAAGCAGAAAAUAUUUAUGAAGAAAUGUGUUUUUUGUUGAGACGCUCAAAAUUUUGAAGGAAAGUGUUUCCUUUAAAUGAGAGUAGCUCUGAAUGAUGAUGUGACCUGAAAGCAGAAGGUUCUGACCUUCUGGUCAGUGAGAAUGUGACCUCUGCGUGCGUGUGAUGAGAUCUACCUCAGGGCGUCGGGGGUUCUGCAGUGUUCUCGGUUCCCUUUUGUCCACAUUUUGGACGGCCGUCUUGUGAAUGAAUCAA